UCAAACCCGCCGACGGUGCGCGCGUAGGCGGCUGAGCGCGGGGUUGACUUUGUUUGAUUUUAACGGAUUUUUUUUCGCCUCUCUUCCCUGCUGGGGGGAUUUUUUUUUUUUCCUCUCUCGUCCUCUUCCUCAGCUCGGGUCCCCGGAGAGACGCAAGGAGCCGCUCGACACACUCACCCCGUACGAUUACGGGGCUCGGAGAGAGUGAGCUAUUUUGUGAAAUGUCAAACGGCCACUCCUGCUACAGUAACGGUUACCAAGCAGGGCUUGACCUCAUGGCUGAAGACUGCAAAGAUCAUGGAGAUGACAAUGCAAGAACUAACUUAAUUGUCAACUAUCUGCCUCAGAACAUGACGCAGGAUGAGCUACGGAGCCUUUUCGGUAGCAUAGGUGAGGUGGAGUCUGCCAAACUCAUUCGUGACAAGGUUGCAGGACACAGCCUGGGAUAUGGUUUUGUGAAUUACGUGGACGCUAAAGAUGCAGAGAGAGCUAUUAAUACACUCAAUGGUCUGAGGCUGCAAUCAAAAACUAUUAAGGUUUCAUAUGCCCGGCCAAGCUCCGAUAGCAUCAAAGAUGCAAACCUAUAUGUGAGUGGACUGCCAAAGACAAUGACUCAGAAGGAUUUAGAGCAGCUAUUUGGACGUUAUGGUCGCAUCAUUACAUCCCGUGUCCUUGUUGACCAAGUCACGGGUAUGUCCAGGGGAGUGGCUUUUAUUCGUUUUGACAGGAAAUCUGAAGCUGAUGAGGCUAUUAACAAUUUGAAUGGGCACAAACCACCAGGUGCUGUUGAGCCAAUUACAGUAAAACUUGCAGCCAAUCCUAACCAGAAAACAAAUGCAUCCUUGCUGGCACAGCUGUACCAUUCACCAGCAAGGCGGUUUCCAGGACCAUUGCAUCAUCAGGCACAGAGAUUUAGGUUUUCGCCGAUGAGUGUUGACAAUAUGAGUAGUUUGUCGGGUGUGAACGUUGGUGGUCACAAUCCUUCUGGCUGGUGCAUCUUCAUCUACAACCUAGGCCAAGACGCAGAUGAGGGAAUCCUGUGGCAGAUGUUUGGCCCGUUCGGAGCUGUGACCAAUGUCAAAGUUAUACGCGACUUCAACACCAACAAGUGUAAAGGGUUCGGAUUUGUAACAAUGACAAACUAUGAGGAGGCUGCCAUGGCCAUUGCUAGCUUAAAUGGUUAUCGCCUCGGAGACAAAAUCCUUCAGGUCUCCUUCAAAACCAGCAAAUCUCACAAGGCAUAAUUUAAAGCUUAAGCGCAUUUGUAAGCAUUUGAUUAGAAAUACACUGCUGAAAGGUGAAUAAGUCCACUUGUGUAAAGCAACUCUUAUUGUUGUGACAGACGUGUUUUGUCUACCAUUCUAGAAUAAGUGAAAAGGAUUUUUUUAUAUUACUAUUACUCUGGGAUGCAAUUAACAAGAAAUGUUCAAAUGUUUGAUACCUUACCUUCCAUAUUACUUUUUUUCCACACACCCAAUUAGGAGGAGAAAUAUUGAACUAAUACCUUAGUUCUGUAGAUUUUGAAGUAGAUGACUUUAAUUUGCAAUAGCCUCUUUUUAGUAUGUUUUGUAACUAGGAGUUCGUGAUCGAAUCCCUUGGUUGUAGGCAAUUUCAUAAAUCUACAACCUUUUUAGCAGAGCUUCAUAUAUUAGUGAACCUUUCUGAAUUUAAAUAUGCCUGAUUUCUUUCGUUAAAGUUAAUCUGUUAAGAAUUAUUCAUUUACACACUUGAACCAUGUCUGUAGCUAAUAUUUUUCUGUACAUUAUAUAAAUUGUACCUUUGCUGUCCUCCAAUUUCUCAAGAAAAACAGUGUGAAGAGUGAAAAUUGCAUUUGAUUUGUUUUGCAGUAUAUAGUGCAAGAAUGGAGUGUGGUAGCUUUAACCUAUUUUGCCAAAUUUCAAGGUGGAAGAACAUGAUUGGGAAGUUGUGUUUGAGAAGAUUAAAUGUUCCCGUAGGUUCCUGGAGAUUCAAACCUUUGAACGUUUAGGUUUGUUGCACCCCAUCUAGUGAACUCCAUUGCAUUUCUUUAUUAACUUUUUUGUUUUUGCAUAAUUGACAUGCUAAACUGGGAUAAUGCGUCAGAAUAGAAAGUACUUAAAUGUUUUUCCAUGCAGGUUAGCUGUCAACACAAAGCUUUGUUAAAAUAGAUUUAAAGAAUAAUCUAAAAGUUUUAUCAAACUGCCUUUGAAUUUUGUUAAUGUUCUGUUAUAUAAUUUCUUUUCAUUUUGUUUCCUUUGUUUUGUUUGACUAUUGAUUUUACUUUUGCAUUUAUGAUCAUUAAAUUUGUUUUGUUUUGCUCCAAUUUUGUUUUGUUUUGGGGUUUUUGUUUUCUGUUUUAAAAUUAAUUUGCUGUUUAGUGCUUCAAUUUUAUUUUACAAUUUAUGGUAGGGUUUUAGGGACCAGUGUGCCAUCAGGCACCUGAUCUUUAGGUAUCUUGCCAAAGAUUUUUACACCUUAUACUGAAGUGGGCUUCACAGAGCAUCUAUUUUUAUAAACAAUCUUUUUACAGGGGUGCUAGCAGGGGAUUUUGAAUGGAAAGUUUUGUAUGCCAACCAGUAAACUUUUAAAUAAGCUUCAGCAGGUAGAUUGCUGUAGCCGGCUUUUAAAUCUUGUUAGAAUUAAAUGCAGACAUAAAUCCACUGGUCCUGUUUAAGUAAGGGCAGGCUGGAAAGAUAGAAUUGUUGCUUAGGCUUACCAUAUUAUUCAGGAUAGUGCUAAGUGAUUUGGGGAAGCUAAACUAUGUUAAUGUACAAAUGAGCCUGAUUUCAAACUUGUGGCAUAAGGAGCUGACACUAAACGUAGCAAUACAUUAAAUCUUUUUGUGCCAAAUGCAGUGCUGCAUUUAAAUAUGAGACAAGGUUUUGAGAGUGUCUCAAUUAGUAUGUCUCAAAAUAGUUUGUAUACUUCAGUUACUUUUCUCAUUCCCCAGCUUCCACGAUUUUUAGGAAGAAAUAGUGGAGGAAAUAGUGAUAAAAACAUGCAGUUCAAUUUUCAUAUGUAAAUAUUGGACUGUAGCAACUUGCUGGAAUGUUAUUGUGAUUGCAUCUGAGGGGAAUAAGACCAUCCGAUUAGCGGUGACUGAUUUAAGAUUUUUGUAUGUAUCAUUCUAGGCCUCUUCCUCCUAAUUUUGCUGCUUUAAGUAUUUAGAAGAAAUUUACUUUUAUUAGGAUAAGAAGAUAAUUAUAGCACUCUUAGAAUUUGCUUUACAUUGAGGUAGAAAAUAGAAGGACUUUACUCAAUUUGAAUAGAACUUGAAGUACUAUGUACCUGAAAUAAUUUGGAAAAGCAUGUUGAGAUAAAAUAGCAAAGUAUUCAUUUAUUUUGACUUCCACCACAAAUUGUUGUCUUAAAUUUGGUUUAAGGCUGAUUAUUCAUCCGAGCAAACUGUUUUAUUAUUCAACCAAGUUAAAUAUCUUCAAUUUAUUUAACUACAUUCAGCAUUUGUAAGACAACUCUGAAAUGAGAAUCUAUCUGACAGCUUGGGUGCUUAAUGAUGAGAUGAAGUUUAUAUUAUAGGAAGUAUGGUUUAUGGUUGGGUGAUUAUAAUACUCAGCAAUAUACAUCUCUACCAAAAGGUCUGUCUGUAUUUGACAAAUGUUCCUUUUGGUAUUUUGUGUAUGAUUAAAAUGAUAAAACUUUUGAUAACAGAAUUUUUUUAGUGGAAUACUGGGCCAAAUUUUCUACAAUCAUAAGCUGAUAAAUCCAUGCUUAUAAGUGAAUAGUCAACAAUUAAUUUAUAUGUUGGUUUGGUGGCAUAUUUUUCCAGCUAAUGGGUAUUGUGCAAUUAUUGUUCGACAUAUCAUGGUCAGUGCUCCUUGAACUCCCAUCUGACACACUUUAGAACACAUUACUGCUUGGAGGUAAAACUAAAUAAAUUCAAACUUGCGUACAUCUUCUAUAAUUCACAUUUCCCUCUUUAUUUACUGACCAGCCUCCAGUUAAUAGAAAUUAGUUUCUGCUUAAUACCAUUAGCUUAAAUGGUGUGUUGUGUGAUAACCAAUCACUUUGCACUUUUGUUUGAAAUAACUAAUCACGACAAAAUCAAAGCCAGUAAAUAUCAGAGAUGUCACCCUCUGGUCUUCACUGUCUUGCUUUAUGCCUGUGUGCUGUUGAGUGGUGAAGCCUUAAUGCUGUAUCCAAAAUUAAUUGUGAUAUCCAAAGUAUUUGCUCUGUCCAAAGCAAAAGCUAAGUGAAGAACUAGACCAUGGGGUCGCAUCCACUGAUAAUGCUUCACUAUAGAUCUUUUGUCUUUCAAAGGUAUGAUUCUUGUUUUGCUUACAGUUCAUGAAUUCUAUUAAUUUGUGGAAACUGCCCUGAUUUUCCCAAGUGCUCAGUUAUUGUCCACAAAUGGUUUAUUGCAAAAUAACAGUAGACAUUUAAUUCCUUCAAAUUUAGAAAUAGUGACAUUUUUUAAACCUCGAUAGUUUUCAAAUUGUUACAUUUCCAAAGCAGCUGAACAACCAUGUAGAAUGGGAUAAAUUAAUCAAUAAUAUUUCUGUAAUUAAUUCCAUCCCCUCUUAUUCUUUGCCCAAUUGCCACAGCAUUAUCUCUCUCAAUGUUUCCUCUUAAAACCACCACAAAAUAUCUACCAUACUGCACCUUGUCAAAAAGUACAAUGAAACCUGUAAUAUAGAGAAACUUUAGUUUCUUGCAAGUUUACAGUGUCAAAAGAAUAUGCAUGAUUCUGAAAUAGACUUGAUCUGUUUUUAAAAACUGUUAAAACAAAAUACAAUUCCUGGUUUCAUUCUCAGCAUAGUUUGUGAUUUUGCUGAUUCUUCAGAUAGUCCCAUUCACUACAUUUUGAAGAGCGACAGUUGACAAUUACUAUUUCUCUACUUUGUAUCCAUAUGACUGCAAAGCCCCCAUUUUUAGAGUUCUGUUGCUUGACAGGUUGUAAUUUGAUUUAGAUGUAACUUCUUGGAUUGUAAUGGUAAUGAAAACACCUGUACAAUUAUAAUUUCAUUUGGUGAGAGCCAAACAUUACAGCCUGGUUUACAAAUUGGAUAGUACACACUCGGCUGUCUAGACAGUUUUAUAGCUUCGGGUAAUUGGAUUUCAUGUGGUUAUUUCCACAUGUAGAAAAUAGUAGUUAUGAAGCUCUUAUUUUAUAACAAAUCAGCCACUAUUCACUUAUAGGUGAGGAAUGGCUAUUUAAGCAAGUGGCUGAAGAGCUUGACAACAUCAUAACGUCUAACUCUUUUGGGAAAGUAGUUAGUUAAAAAUAAAUAAGAGAGAAAUGGUGUUAAUUUGUACCCAGUUAUUCGGUAGAUUUUUCUUGAUAUAUGUUUUGCACGAGUAGUUUAAAUUGUCACCUUGUUAAGAAUCCAGUCUUUCUGUUGAAAACUUUCAUUCUUUAACAUUUUAAGUAAAUGUAUUUAUAUCCAAGUAAUCUGAGUAUAGUUAGUAACGAUUUUUUAUUUAUUGGAUUUCUGUUGACUUAUUAACCCGAUCACUAUUAUUUUCAGACUUUGAGAAUGGGUGGGAUCGUUGGGUUGGAGGAGAGGAGAGAGGGAUCAUUCAUAUCCUAUAUCCAUUCCAAGUACUCAAUGAAAAUUCUUUCUGGCUUAAAACUAAAGUAGGUGUUCGCCACUCUGAUUUUUUUUUUGCUUUUAAUAUACUUUAUUGUGGUUGAAUUUUAGCGUGGGGAAACAGAUUCAGGAGUAUCAGGCCUGACCUGUAAAUGUUGGAAAGUUAUUUUUUUACAAAGGAUCAGUGUUAGAUCUUCCAUCUGAAAUUAAGCAGCUGAAAUUGAGACAGGACCAGUGGAUAUUAAAACCCUCCAAUAGCUGAAAUGCAGGCAAUGCCAAUGGAUCUUUAUAUUCUUCCUUUAUCUCAAAGAAAAUGAAAGGCAAUGUUUUAUGUUCAAACUAAAGGCAAUAAAGGCUUCACAUGCUCAUCACACAUAUAUUGGGAGUUAAAAUGGGACCAAAUGUUAAUUAGCACCUCUUCAGGAAAGAAUGCACCUUCAGCUAAUGCUAUCAGAUAACACGUGAAGUUGCUUGAAUAUUAAAGUAGAUUGACAACUAUACAGGGCAUUUCCUUUAUUUUAGUUGCAUCAUUUUUUUUAUUUUGUAUAUUUGUAUAUUCAUUCAUAGUAUUAUCUACAGAAUAUUUUUGAUGCUGUCUCAACUAGUUUUUGUUUUUUUGCAUUGUGCUUAAUGGGAACUAGAUUAAUUUGUAGUGUAGAAUGCUGACGCCAUCUUGACAUACUUGAAUUCAAUACUCUGGUAUCAACAAAAAUGUAGCAAUCUGUUUGUUUGAUGCUUUUAUUAAUUUCUGCGUGUAAAAUUUAUGCACACUAUAAAUUCAAACUCCAUGACCUGCAGAAGAUACAGGCAAAUAAAUGCUGCAAAAACCAAGCUUUUAUGAUCCUUGUAUCUCCAACCAGAGGAAAUGGUUUAUAUUAAUUGUUAAAGUCAUCUGUUUUUUCCUUGUAGGUUAAUUUUGAACUGUCUUUAGGAUAAUCCCUCAGUUAAAUUUCAACUAUAUCUCAUUGUAUAAAGAGGUAUCAAACAGCACUUUAAAAGUGUAGCCCUUAACAGCUUUAAUUAUGUUUUUCCCCUUUAAAUUACAAAAAACAAACACAGAUGUUCAGCCAUGCUUAGUUACAGUUAGGCAAAGUUGAUUUAAUUGCCAUAUCAUAACCAAUUCAAAUCUUUGACAUUUCUGGCAAAGUUGUCUAAUGUAGGCAUUCAGUACUGGACAACUACUUUUGAUUUGCUAUUAUACAUAAAAUUGACACACAAAAAAUGGAGAUGGUGUAGUGUAACUAAUUGGAUAAGGGGGUGUAUUUGAAGUGGAUUUUACAGCUGAAACACUAGAUAUCAAACAUGGCCCAGACUUCAUAGGGUGAAAUGUAUUUUGCUAAAAUUUGCAUUUUGGGCCAAGCUGCCUGGCCUCUGUAAAAUGAAAAUGUGGUUUACAAAUUAGGCAUUGAGGUGCACUAAUGCCUCCAUUCUAGAUUGUAGCUGUGCUUAGAAUUGUUUAUUUUGUAGAAGCAAAACAUUGUUUAAAUUAACUUUUUUAGUAAGAGACAUGAUGGAGUAAUUUGAACAUUUAAGUACAAAAUAAAAAGCCCAGCCCACUUCUAUAGUUUUGAUUGAAUUCAGAAUUCAAUCAAACUUUAGUCUUGUUAAAAUUAACAGUGACACACAUACCUCAUGUGUGGCACAGUAUCACAAGUUCUAGUGCAUGCAUUGGCAUGUAUAAUGAGAAAGAUGACAUAGGGAUUUGAAUCUUUCAGGUUGUAGCCUGAUUCGAAUGCAUGUAAGCCCAACAGUUUUCAAUUUGGCUGUAAGCAUUUUAUAGCCUCUGUACAUGGCGCUCAUUUGAGUAUUUAUUUUCUUCCACUUAUCCUAAGGUCUGAGGGGUAAAAUACAUUUGUAAAUCUCCAAAAAUGUUGAGGUAUAAUAAAUGAUCUGUUAUGCCUUGAACCAAUGUUCUGCAGUUGGUGAUAUAAUUAUAUAAUUUAGUGCCCUAAUAAACAUGAUAUGUCAAAGUUCUAGCUACCAGAGAUGAAAGUAUGUUGUAUCUAAUAAUGUUACUAACUUGAAUAUUUAGCACCACAACUACUAAAAAGUGAAACCAUUCCAGAGUGAAACUGCAAGAAGCACAAGAGUUGGAAAUGUUCCAGGAUUGGAAAAGUGGUACAAAGCAGAUUGGAUGUUUGUGUGGUGUAUCCUGAGUAACAGCCAUAGGUUUUGAGAUUGAGUCAAAAAGAAUGGGCAGGUGUAAUAUAUUUUAAAGUUGUAUGUUACACUUUUUUUUCCCCCCAGAGUUAAAUAAUGCAUGGCAGCUAGUAGGAGUUAUUUUUACUAAUGCAGUACAAGGUAUAGUUCCUGGCAAGACUGAUGUGCCUGGGCUUGAUGUGUACUGAGUUCAUGGAUGUAAAUGUUUAAAUACUGUUGCUUUAUUUUAGUUUGCUACAAAGCCAGACGAAGGCUGUUUUAAGUUAUUAAACAUUUUGUACUUAAUUUAUUUUCUCACCAAUAUUAAAUUAUGUUUGAUUCUGUUUUAAAAGACGUCUGACUGAACUCUUGAUUUGCUUUUUUACAGUGUUCAUGGGUUUUAUUUUCAGGUUUUCAAGCCAAAUUAAACUGUAUCCAUGACUAUCUUGAGUUGCCUAAAAGGAUUAAACUAAACAGUUAAAAAUAGUAUUUGAAAAUAUUUUUCAGUUCUUCCCACUCCACACAUUGAUAUGAACUUCAAUAUCAGCAUAGUGUAUUUAUGUACAAAAUGAUGGCAGCAUCACUUGCUAAUAUUUGCACUAUUAUCAUUAUAUUUUGAUGUUUUACUCAGAUUUUCUCAGAUCAGCUUUGGGCCAUGACACAUUUGCAUCUAAAUAUUCCCACAAAAAGCACUGCUGUUUCUUCUGUUCAUUUAUUUAAUAAAAAGCGAUAAAGUCUUAAAACAAACAAUUACUUCUUAAAUAACAAUUAAGCUUGUUUAGUAUGAUAAAUUCAUUGGCCCCUAAGCACCAAGGAGAAUCCUAAACUUUGGAUGAUCUAACAUGCUACUUUCUCCAUCAGGACUGUUUUGUUCUCAAAAUUGACCCAUUAUGGUGGCUUUUAGUCAUAUUGUGGCUGUUAGAUUCUGAAAUAUAAUACAAACAUUAAUCUGAAAUAAUUAGUACAGUUUUAUCUCAAAUAACAGGUCGAAAUGUAGUACCAACUUUGUUUUUACGCAAUCCAUUGCUAUCAGCUGUGAAUUCAUGGACCACCACAUACCUCAGCUUUUGUUUUCUCCUUUUUUCGGCAACCUUUUUUUAAACUGUUAUGUGACUUUUAACUAUGGAAAAAUACAGCAACCGUUUCCAACCUAUCUCGACAUUGGAUGAAACUGCUGUAUAUUGUCCACUAUGUUAAUGGGUAAAUAUGCACUUAUCCUUUAUAGAUUUGCAAGAGCGAAAUAAACAUCACUUAGAUCUACCAAACAAUGGUGUUCUGCAGGCUAAUUAAUGCACCACAAUUAUGUGUCCUGUUGAACUUAAUACUGCAUUUUCAACUUCUGCCACAUGCUUUCAUGCCUACAUUUUUAGUUUGAGUCAUUUGCAGUAAAUUUGAAGUGUCUGUAUAGAUUACCUAUAAAGAAUAUUCACUGGCCAAUCAAUCAGUGCCUCAAUAUCUCAAGAUUUGAAUAAAUUUGCAGGCAACCUGCAGAAAUUUCUUAACUUUGAAGAGAAAUGGGACAUACUAAUAAACUCCUUUAUUUUUUAUUUUUUUUAAUGUGGCUAAUAAGCUUAAUUUACAUGCUCAGAAUUGGCCUUUGGCUCUUUUUUCUCGUGGUUUCAUAAAGCAUUUGUAAUGAAAAGUGCAGUUAUGUAGCUGGAUGCCAUCGACAGUGCGCAAGGGUAAUUGCUAACAGUUUUGGUGAUAAGGUUGGGAGUAUGCAGAGCAAGGAAUUCAAUCAUAAUUAAUGCAGCUUUUAAGAAAUUUAGUACAAAUUGUUCUACUAUUUAACUCAUUAAUGUACUGUCAGCAUUUAAUCACUGAUCAUUUUAUACAGAGUGCUUCUGAACUGGAUAAAUCUUUGUGUCUCUGAGCCAGAUAUUAACAAAUUGAGUCAUUAUUCACCUUGGGCAACUGCAUUCAGCAGAGGAUAAAACUACACUAAUACUGAUGCUAUAUUUGUUUCGGGAACAGUUAAGCUAAUAUUUCUAUUAUUGUAAAAGUGUUGCAAUGUUGAAUUACUGGACAAGUUUACCUCAUUCCAACUGCUCUGCUAUCAGUGCGACGUAUGAUAAAUAAUGUGCAGAAGUCUAUUUGGAAUUAACAUGGAGGAAGUUCCUUAGAUUGUUUCUGUUGUAUAUUGAUCAUGCUUCCAUGUUGAAUGUCACCAGCACCAUUUAGGUUGUGCUACUGAACAAUUAUCCACCAAAGGUCAAAUUUUACAAGUUGUAUAAUUGGUUGAGACUCUUGUCAGCUUUAAGAAUUACUUUUCAUCCAGAAUCUAGAUUUUAUUUGCUCCCUUUGAUUGAAAAUGCUGAGGCAAGGCCUAGUGUUUACUAAAUGAUUAUGCACCAUUGAUUUUGCAAUGAUCAGGUUAUUAAAUGGGAAACUAACAAUAUCCAUCAUUAAGGUAGAUUUAUUUGGAAAUUGACAAUAUCUAAGAUUUAGGUAGAUUUGUACAACGGGCAAGCCUUUUGCUUAAAUUCCUAUUCACUCAACUUUGCCUGCUAUGGUGGUUAAGUGUUAUACAUUUGUGUCUGGUGGCAAUCUCAUCAUUACACCAAGAUUUUAUAUAAUUUAUUACGAAGCAUAUUACAAUUAGAGAAUGUCUAACAGCUGACAGGAGAUAGUAGUCUGACGUCUACUACCAUUGGUAUUGAAUGCUUUGAUGAUAGAUUCAAGAUAGUUUAUUGUCAUGCGUCCCAGAUAGGACAAUUAAAUUCUUGCUUUGCUUCAGCACAACAGAAUAUAGUAGGCAUAAAUACAGAACAGAUCAGUGUGUCCAUAUACCAUUGAGGUGUGGGUCCUAGAUGAUGCUGCCAACCUCUUUGAGGCAGCGACUGCGAUAGAUCCCCUCGAUGGUAGGGAGGUCAGAGCCUAUGAUGGACUGGGCGGUGUUUACAACUUUUUGUAGUCUUUUCCGCUCCUGGGCGCUCAAGUUGCCGAACCAAGCCACGAUGCAACCGGUCAGCAUGCUCUCUGCUACCUUGUAUAUCCCAGAAACAGAUAAAAAUGUAGUUUUGUGGAUAUAUAGAAAUUCAAUUUUAUAGCAGGCCUUUCCUAUGUUUGUACCAUUCUAAACGUCUCAAAUGUACUGGCCUCUGUCUUCUCUCACAGCUCACUCUACAUACACACUAUCACCGUGAGUGGAAAACUUGCUCUGCAUUUCCCCUUUAAAUCUUUUCCCUCCUAGCUUAAACUUGUCAUUCAGUUUAAGACUCCAGGGGAUUAAGAUUGUAACUAUUUACCCUAUCAAUGCCCGUCUUAAAUGUAUAAACCCCAAUAAGAUUUCACCUAGGAAAACAGUCCCACCUUGUCCAAUCUCUAUAACCCAAGCCCUCCAGUCCUGGCAUCAUUUCUAUGUAUCUUUUUUGCACUCUUCACCGCCCUAUCUAUCUAUGUCAUCACAUUCAGGGAAUAAGAUCUCAAUCCAAGGUCUCGCUGUUCAGUAACACUCCCCAUGGUUCUGCCAUUCAUGUGUAUGCCCUGGCCUUGUUUAACUUACAGGAAAAUGUCACUGCAUCUGACUGGUUUAAUUUCUCUCGGCCAUUCCCUUGCCCAUUUCCCCAGCUAAUCCCGAUUCUAUUGGAUAAUUGUGUUUGAAUUUAUUUCCCAUUAUUCUCAAGCGUUCUUACUCGUGUUGGAAGUAAAUAUGGUAAUUUGUUUGUGCCAACAAGGUCUCACAAUCAAGAUGUGACAUAACCUCGAUUUGGUGGUGAUGAUUCCAAAAAGAAUCCCUGUUCUUAAGAUUCUGCAAUGGGUUAAUAAUAGACAUGGAAUUGUGGAAGAGAGGUGGAAAUAAGAUACCUUUUGUGUACCUCAUCUCCAAAAAAUUGAAAUGUUCAAGGUGUAGUAAAUAUAUAGUUCAAGGUGUCUAAGAUAUAGUAAUCCUACUUCAAGUAUAUUUUUGUGGAACAAAUAUAAAAUUAAAAUCCACGUUUUCCAUGAUGUGCAUAAUUCAAAUUGUUAAAAUAGUGUGCAGAUUUGGAAUGUAUCUAUAAUUGAGGCAAGUAUGUUUUUAAAAACACAAGCCCUUCAAACUGAAUCUUCACCCAAUCAGUAAAAUGUUGUACUUUGGAUGCUGGAUUGAUGAGAUAAGAGCCACAUAUCAUCUUUAGGCUGCAAUUUGGGUAUCUGUGUCAUAUUUAUGGGCAGACAGUGGUGCAGCGGUAGUAUUGCUGCCUUACAGCUCCAAAGACCCAGGUAUGACUAAACUAAACUACUGAAGGAUGGCAAUAGAUAAUGUAUUGAGGCCAAUCAAAAUCCAGUUUUGUAAUUUCCAUAAAAUUGGAUUACUUCAGAGGGUCCAAAGCAGGCUGCAACUUGAAAUCAGUUCUUGUUGUCUAGGCAACCAUAUUCUAAUUGGAACAAAAAGCAGGAAAUGUGGGAAGCAAAGAACUAUGACCCAGAUUACGGUGAAUGGCUGAUGUUUUGUUUUCAUAUGUAAGGUUGCACACUAUUUUUCUGGUUUGAUCAAUUUAGAUAUUGUACCUAAAGGAUUGUAAAAGGCAGUUAUUAAUGUUGCCUCAUUAUUGGAUAAAUUAGAUUAAAAUUGAAGUGCAACUGUGGCCAAGUAGAGGCAUAUCUUUAAUAUCUUUUUACCCUGAAGGCUCAAGUCGAAGGAAAGGGUUAUCAAGAUAUGACAUCAUAUUCUGUUGGACUUUUAAGUGGUGAGCGUAAAUUGGAGAACUGCAGCCCAUUUGUUGAAGAGGCAUUUGUUCAUCUCUAUUGCUGAGACUUCACAAAUGAACUGAGGACAUACGUUGAUCUCAAUGGUCUAAAUCUUUUUUUUCCAAUUGCAGGAGUAAUGUUUAUUCCCAUUAUCUCUGCCCCCAUCUGUCUAGCCCUUGAGAAGUCUGCCCAAAACUAGCAUAGCACAUUGUGUUUUAUAUUCCAGUAAUGAAAUAAAAUGCACAAGUGGAAAAUGAUUUUACUUUUAAGUUGUCACUUUGGAUUGUAUGUCAACUGUGCAGACGUGGUUUGUAUUUGGGUUAUUAGGAACAUUACUGUACAUGCCUUUUAUAGAAGUUACAGUUUUUAUGACCAAUUUUCAUGAAAAUGCAUAUUGCUGUACAGUCCAGUAGAAAAACAGCAGGUCUGAAGUAUGUAGACUGGAAUAAAUACUCUUUGAAAUAA